CCCAAGCACCCUCCUGCAUCCAGUAUCAUACGAAGUUCACGGAAUCUAACCGGUCUGAGAAUACCGAUUGGCCUAUCACUGUGCUGUAGUUCCCACCAAGGCAACACCCUACUGCGUAGAAGCGUCUCUACGUUCGUUGCCAUAGCGCCGGUUCUCGUGGAUCCACAUCUUCCGGGAGCGGUCUGAAGACGAUGCCGCCCCAGACUCUGAUCCUAGAAUUCCAAAGCUUGAAGAGGACCCGGAGGUAUGGGUCCAAAGUCAAGACUGGUUGCUUGACCUGCAAAUCUCGGCGCAUCAAGUGCGAUGAGAAAAAGCCGGCGUGUCUCAGGUGUACUAGCACCAAACGUGUGUGCGAUGGCUAUGUAGAAAGUGGAGCAAAGCAGCCGAAACGCUUGCCGCCUGGCGUAGCUUCCCCUCUCCAAGAUGCUCGGGUGACUCAAUCGUGGCCCGAAGAAGGUCUACCAUACCUUGAUUUCUACUAUCACUGUGCCAUAAGAACCCUUUCCAAUCGCUUUGACAAUGGCUUCUGGUCUCGAACGGUGCUUCAAAUGGCUCGCUCAGAACCAUGCAUUCGUCACGCGCUGGUUGCCCUGAGCUAUCUUGCGAAAACGGAGCCAGGAAACUUAAAACAUGCUCACGCGAGACUGAAGCAACAAGACCAAACCUUACAUCGGUACUACGGCAAGGCUGUUGGGUCGCUCGUUGCACGAUUGGCCGAAAAGUCAUGCACCAUAGAGGUCGGUCUUGUGGCGUGUUUAAUGUUCGUCUGCAUCGAGUUCAUCCGAGGAAACUUCUUGCCUGCGUUCACUCAUCUCCACAGCGGGCUUAGAAUACUGUCCGAGCUACCUACCAUACGCACUCACGGUCUCCGUCCACGUACACCACCACCAACUCCAUCAAAGUCCGACACAGUCAGUAUCGCUGCCUCAAACGGCCUUCUCCAUGACACCCUCAUACCCAUGUUCAUGCGCAACAUCACUCCCGCAAUGCUCUUCGGCGCUCCGAUCGAAGAUCUCUUCGAAAUCCCCACUCCCGACCCGUCUGCCUACGACGUCCCCUUCUCCACCUUCCACGAACUGCAAAUGUCCAGCUUCCAGCUCCGCAACGCCUCCGCCCUCUUCGCCCGCAAAAUGGCCACCAGAAUCUUCAUCAAGGCGCCGCUCACCGCCGAAGAUUUCGCGCGGCAGUCGCAGCUGCUCGACGCGCACCACGCGUGGUUCAGAGCACUGCAGAAGCUGGAGCAGGCCGCGUUCUUGACGCAUGAGGAGGAGAUCAUGGCCGCGUCGCUGAAGCUGGGGUACUAUUCUACGUAUAUUCUGAUUGACUGCUCGAUGAGUCUGCGGCAGUCGAACUUCGACGCGCACAUCGACUACUUCAAGGCGAUCAACCACAACGCGAAAAUCGUGCUGGACUCGAUGGGCAUUGCGACGCCGCCUCUGCCCGUGUCUUCAGGCACGCGACGGGGCCUGUCGAGGAAGUUUGCGAGCGCAGCGAAAGCCGCCGGCGCGAGGGACACGAAGGCUGGCGCACACUUCACCUUCGAAAUCUCCGUCGUCCCGCCCCUGCACUACGUCGCUACCCGCUGCCGCCACCCCCUGAUUCGCCGCGAAGCCGUCGCCCUUCUCAAGACGAACCCCCCACGCGAAGGCCUUUGGGAUGUUGACACGCACAUCGCAGUGGCGGAGCGCGUCAUCGCGAUUGAAGAGAGCGUGCUGGACCCCGUGACGGGGUGGCCUGUCGAGUCGGCGCGGCUGUGGUGCUCGGUGCACGACGGCAAAGGGUACUCCGAGGGGAAAAUCCUGGUGACGUUUGCGUUUGCGGAGUGGGCAGAGCAGAGGGUGCCGCGGGUGGAUGACUUGCGGCGGCCGGAUGGGGGAGAUAGGGCGGAUGCGCAGUGGACGGAGAAGAUAGGGUGACUCGGGGCGGGGAAAUGGUGGACGGAGGAGGAGAUGCACUUGUAUAUAUCUCGGGGGCAUUGGUCCGAGUAUCUCGUGUGAGCGGGCGGUGAAGUUGUGGUUGCAGUAUGUGAGGAAGUUGGAUUGCGUGGGCCCUGCUUUUGGCAGUGUGCACAUGACUACACGAUGCCUUCGGAUCGACAAAAGAUCCGACGCAAUCGAACUGUUGCUACUAUGGGUAUAGGGCAGAGCGGUCGCUCACGUGGCGAACUACUCACUGGCCCAGCUUCUCGCAUCUCCCGCUUCUGCUUGUGGGAUGCUCUGAAUUAAGCUCUUACAAGCACACUCGCAACUGAUUCUCUAAUAAGAGACGGUGU